UUUCAUCGCAGGUACUUGAAUCGAAUCCGUCGAAUAACCCUAAAUUUCAUAUAAAUUUACGUAAAAAGUCUCUAAAUGAUCAGACGUGAAAUAAUCGGUGUGAUUGUCUUCUGAUCGUGAACAAACUUUCAAAAUAGUGUUUAUUUUAUUUUUCUUAUUUUUCGUUGUUACUCGACAAAAUCGUUGAUUCCAAAAUGAAAGUUUUCGUGGCUCUUAUUUUUGUUUUUAAUGUUUUCAUAGUAAAUGGAUUAAAUACCACUAUAUCUUUCUACACGGAACAAGAACACGAAGCUUUACAAUUGUGCGCCCAUGAAUAUCAGACGCAAUUAGAUACUUCGUACUUUGUUGAACAUGCUUCUCUACCGGACGAGAGUGACCACAACAUGAAAUGCUUGUUCUAUUGUGUGCCUCAAAAAAUCGGCGUGACUGACGAAAAGGGGAUAGUAAAUUCAAUCCAAGUCAAAGAUAUGAUUAAAACCAAAUAUCCGUCAUUGAGUAAUACCGCUGUUAAAAUCUUGAUGAAAAAAUGCGGCAAAGAACGAGCUGCAUCGGUAGACAAAUGUGACAAAUGGUACGAAAUGUCAAAAUGUACCUGGAAAUUGUACUUGGAAUAUCAAACGAAAAUCGAAGCAAAAAGAGAGAAAAAAACCACUCCACCGCGUAGACAUUCCCACCAACCAAAGGAUAAAAAACAACCAACUACCGAGUCUACUCAAUAAAAUAAUUUCAGUAAAAUUAUGUAAAAAUGUUUAUUGAAAAAUAAUAUCUAGUUUGAUUCAUAAUGUAACGUUUUUCGCUUAUCUUACGUAAGCCUAUACAUUGUAUUAAAAUAUAAAAGACUGAUAAAUAAACGAUAAAAAUCAUGUACCGCUUUGUUGGGGCUUCUUUUUCGGUAUUCUUUGGAUCCAUGUAGGUCUCGUGGUGAUAUUGGGGGUGACAGCUUCGGUGACUGGCGGAGUCGUUAACCCAUCAAUCAUAACCGAUGUAUCUUCAAAAUGAGUAUCGCCCUGUUCUAUGACUUCAGGUAAAGGUACGCCUUGUUCAGUAUCAUUGUACGAACUUUCAACUUUAUAUUGCACGUUUAAAUCACAGUUGACAAAAAUUGAAAAAAUCGCCAAAAUAAAUAAUAAAAUGAGUUUUGCGGACAUCAUUACUACAAUGUUUUGCACUUGUUGGAAUUUCUCACUUGAAGAUUAUUUUAAAACACAAUCGCAAUCGCA